GCAUCGCCGAUCUUGGCCGGUAGGUAACCACUUUCUACGCCAGCCAAACGGCUUUCCGACCAGGAAAUUUGGUGUCCGCUCGUGCCGUCCGAUUCCAGCUUGAUCUCGUAAAUCCUCGCACCAUACGCUUCAAUCUUACAAUUGGAGAUAUCGAACUCUUCCAAUCCCCAAGUGAAGCAUUUCUCAUACGUAUAUUCUCAAACAAACAAACAAAAAAGUGCGAUUUUUUCCCCUGUAUUUCCACAAUCCAGUGGAUAUGUCAUUUACUGGUAGACGUGCUUUCUCUUCCCUGUUUUGCCUAUCGAAGAGGGCAUUCUCUCAGCAUCUUCUUGAGCCCUCUGGGAGCAGAAGUAGUAUUUUGCAUUCCAAACCCACUGGCCCUGAGCAAACUGCCAGAGGCUCGUUAGAGUUUGCGGAAUGGCAUAACGGUGGAGGCCUUUUUCACAGGACUGCAAGUGUUGAUCCUAGUGUGUUUAUAGAAGUCGGCGCAAUAGUACAUCAGAAAGCUGUUAUUGGAGCCGAUGUGCAUAUUGGAUCUGGUUCCAUAGUAGGGCCUUCUGUCUCAAUUGGGCAAUCAACUAAUAUAAUGUAUAACGCUGUCCUAAGCAAUUGCUCGGUGGGAAUGUCAUGUGUUAUCCAUAAUGGUUCUUGUAUUGGCCAAGAUGGUUUUGGAUUUUUCGUUGACAAGGAGGGAAAUAUGACGAAGAAGCCUCAAAUGCUAAACGUCAGGAUUGGAGACCAUGUAGAGAUUGGUGCUAAUUCAUGUAUUGAUAGAGGAAGUUGGAGAGACACUGUUGUAGGAGAUUAUACGAAAAUAGAUAACUUAGUUCAGAUAGGUCAUAAUGCUGUUAUAGGGAAGUGUUGCAUGCUGUGUGGACAAGUUGGUAUUGCUGGUUCUGUUACGAUGGGAGAUUAUUGCACUUUGGCUGGGCGGGUAGCUGUGAAGGACCAUGUUACCAUUUCUUCAAAGGUCCGGCUGGCAGCAAAUAGUGGUGUGACUAAGGACGUCGGAGAACCUGGAGACUAUGCUGGUUUUCCAGCGGUCCCAGUCCAUCAAUGGAGAAGGCAAUCUGCUUCUCUUAGGCGACUUUCUAAGAAAGACCUUAAAGAAUCAGGUUCUUAAACAAUCUUUCGCAUUUGUCUAAAGAACUAAUGGACUUUUAUUUCAACGGUAUGUUAGUAUUUUGAACUUCGCCACCAGAAAUAGGAUUUACAACUUGUAUUAUUUCAGUAAGUGUAACAGCUUUUGCUUAAAUUAGAAGCUUAAACUAUGGAUAAGAGCCUACUAUUAGUUUAUUAAGAACUGAAACUCUUGUUUUUACUCAUGAUUCGAGACUAUUUUUCAAUCUC